CGGCGAGGACAAGAGCAACGGGGGCAAGAUCCCCGCACCCGUCUUCGAUUGCACGAGCAAGACCAUGAAGAAGCACCGCCGAGAGGUCGCCACCUGGCAGAUCGGGACCGAGGUCAAGCCGCCCAAGCAGGGAGCGACCUUGCUGGCCAGCCUGAAGGGCAAGGCCGAGGAGGCGUGCGAGGAGCUCGACCUGGACGCCAUCAAGGGCGACGACUCGGUGGAGGUGUUCCUGGAGUACCUCGGGAAGCGCUUUCCCGAGAUCGAGGUGCUGGAGACCCCAGCGCUGCUGGAGACCUUCGUGCGCCCGGCCUGCGCCCGGCACAAUCACGAGGGGAUCCGCGACUACAACAACCGCAUCAAUGGGAUCGCCACCAAGCUGAAGGCCAAGGGCAUCCAGGUGCCCGACGAGGUCUUGGCGGACCUGUACAUCAAGGGGGCCCGCCUGCCCCCGGAGCGCGCGGCGAGCGUGCUCAACGGCGUGGGCAACCAGUUCAACCCCGCCAAGAUCCAGGAGCAGUUGAUGAUCAACUUGCCCAAGGUAUCGGUCGUGGACGGCAACAAGGCGUACGCUACGGAGACCCACGAGGAGGAUCGCAGGGCCGAGUUCGACGGCGCGUCCUCAGACAGCUCCGACGACUACGAGGACGAUCUGCCCGACGAGCUGCAGGGCGCGAUCGACGAGGCGGAGGAGCAGGUAGCCUUCUUCACCAAGAAGAUGGCGCGCGCCAAGGACAAGCUGAAGGAGGCGAAGCAGGCGCGCGGCUACUUCGCCAAGCGCGACGGCGGCAAUCCGCCGAAGAGAGACGAUCCCAAGAUUGCCAAGAUGAAGGCAAGGACACACUGCGGCGCAUGUGGCCAGAAGGGCCAUUGGCGCGGUGGCCCGCAGUGCUCGAAGAAGAACGACCCUAACGCCAAGGCCGACAUCCCGAAGAAGGGAAGCAACAGGACGAACAUCGCCACGCACGAGACCAGCGACGCGCAGGAGCCUCACGUGGCGGAGAUGACGGUCGCGGCGGUCUACCAGCAGGACCUGCGGGCCGCAGCUCGCGACAGGAAGUGCAGCGCGCUGCGCAGCAUCGACGGGGCGCAGACGCGCCAGGCCGCCGGGCUACCCGAAGAAGUUACGGCAGCGGCGUUCUUCAUCAAUAAGGACCACCAGUGCCUGAUGGCCGCGACGAGCUCGGCGCUGAUCUACCUCAGCGUCGAGGACCUGCUGAAGGAGUCGGGGGGGAAGCUGACCUUCGACGCGGCCUGCGCGCGGUGCGUCGGCGGCCUCGACUGGUACAACGACAUCAAGAAGAGGCUGGCCGCCUUCAACAUCCAGCCCAUCGAGUACCCCGAGAAGGAGCCGUUCCGGUUCGGGGCGUCGAAGGUAGUGUUCAGCCUCAAGGCGGCGCUGAUCCCCUGUUCGGUGAACGGCGAGGCCUUCACCGUCCGCAUGAGCAUCGUGCGCAGCGCCGUGCCAGGACUGUUCAGCCGCAAGGCCCAGAGCGAGCUGGACACAGUCUACCACGCCGGAGACAACAAGCUGGACAUCAAGUCGAUCGACGAGCACGACAUCCAGAUCUUGGGCCUGAGCCGCGCCGGACACCCGACGCUGGACAACACAGGCUUCACGCCGGGCUACAAGCCCGUUUCGGACGUCUCGGAUACCAAGGCCGAGAUUCGUCUCCACCCUUGCGCUUCUUACCACGCUGAGACAGCUGCGGCCAGCGCCGCCAAGCCAGCGGCGCCCGAGGCUCGCCGCCAAGGGGUCGCCUCGGAGGCCGACGAGUCUCAGUCGGACACUGACUGCGACGCGCUCGAUAGCGCCGAACUGUUCGAGCAGCAGGUGCGCCAGGAGACGAGCCCGGGGAGCAGCAACCAGAACUUGCCGACGACGAGUACUGCCCGUCUCCCGGCGAUAUCCAGCAUGCGGAUGCCGGAGCUGCAGGCCGAGGUGGCAAGCUACGACUUGGAUGUGCGCGACGCCACGUGCGACCAGCCCCGGGUGAUCUUGCGCGCGCUGAGGGCCGAGGGCCGCGAGAGCACGCCGCAGGGCGACUACGUCCCGGGGCUCGGCAAGAAGAACAAGGAGGAGCUCCAGCAGCUGCGCCGGGGCCGCCAGAUCGAGUUCGACCAGCGCACGACCGUGCCGGAGCUCAGGCAGCGCCUCAAGGGCUGGAAGGUCGAGGACGCGGCCAGCAGUGCCUCGGCAACGGUGGCUCAUCCGAGCUCACAGAUCACCGGGGCCGACAAGAUGCGCUUCGGCAAGUACCCCACGGCGGACUACCGCUGGGUGCUCAAGGACGACCUGGGCUACGCGCAGUGGGCGGUCCUGGAGCUCAACAGCAACCGGGCAAGCCCGCUCCUGGCGCGGUUUGCCAGAUGGGUCAAGGCGCACGGACUGCAGCCCCUUCCCCCGGAGAAGCCGCACGAGAUGGACACCGGCGACAUGGGCUUCGAGAAGGCGGGCGAGUCCGACAGGGAGGAUCACCCGCGGCGGCCAGGCAUCAAGAAGGGCAAGCGCGUCGGCCUCCUCUACCAGGCCACGGGCUUGCUGAGCGCCUUCGCCUUUCAGACGGUGCUCACCGCGGACUGGCUGGCUAGACCUCUCAAGCCAGUGGUGCAGCAUGCUAGCAGUGCUGCACGAGACGUGGUCGACCACGUCCAGAACGUCAAGGAGGCCUACAGCGUUCGCAGCCACCGCGUGGACGUCAUGCAGGUGUUCGGAGGCGAAGGCGGCAUCACCGAGGCGGCGUGGAAGCGCCAGAUGGCGGCCACAGAGGUGAUCGACCGCAAGUACGGAUGGGACUUACGCAAGCAGAAGGACCUCGACGCAACGCACGACCUGCACUACGCCUCGAGGCCAAGCAGGCGCUCCGGCGGAUCUGGAGGGCGGAGCGGCCGUACCUUGGCCCGCGACCUCUUCAAGUACCAGCUCGACUCUGGCGACAUGGCCAUGAUCGAGAACCCGGCCACCAGCCGGCUAUGGACACAGCGCGCGAUUUUGGAGCUAUUGGCAGACGAGCGCGUGUACCAGGUGAGGUGCGACACGUGCGAGUACGGAGCUCGACGCUACAAGACGGGGGGACUCAUCAAGCACCCCACGAAGCUGCGCGUUACCCACAAGGAGUUCGAGCAGCUGAAGCGCACCUGCAGCCACAAGCACCACGACCAGACCUUCGGGGACAACGUGGCGGUGCGCAAGUCUGGCGUUUAUCCUGCUAAGUUCUGCCGAGCGGUGGUACGCAUCGUGGAGCAAGUUAUUCGCCAGCAAGGUGGGCAGCGCGCCUACCAGGUGGACUGCCAGUCGCACUCGUCGCCCUUCAUCGUGACAGUGCCUAGGGAGCAGGCCACCGCCUACGUGAACGACACCGCGCCCUUGGGAGAAACGGGCGAGCCUGAUGGGGGCCCAGGCCCCAUGGGCGGCGGAGACGACUUCGCCGACACUCACAACGUGCGGGCCGAAGAUACUGCGGACGGCAGGAUCGGGGUCGGCGCGAUUACCUUCACAAAGAAAGCAGCAGCCUGCUGCAAGCCAGCCGAGCUGGCCAUGCUCAAGAGACUCCAUGUCAACUUGGGCCAUCCGUCCAAUGAAGAGUUGGGGCGCAGUUUGCGACUCAAAGGCGCUAAGUCGGCCACCGUCCAGGCCGUCAAGGGGCUGAUCUGCGGGGUGUGCCGCUCGCAGCAGCGCCCGAGCGCGAGGAGACCAGCGCACCUCCACUUCGUGCAAGAUUUUGGAGACGACGUCGGCUUCGACUGUUUCGAGCUCAAGGACGUCGACGGCAAGAGCUACUGGUACUUCAGUAUCGUCGACCUGGCUACCACCUUCCACGUCGCGACGCUGAUCGGUCGCCACACCAGCCAGGAGUUCGCCGUCGCGUUCGAGAGGUGCUGGGCCUCCUGGGCGAGCGUACCGGACCGAGUCCACUUCGACAUGGAGAAGGGUUUCGGCGGCGCCAUCAGCGAGCUGUUCCAGUCAUUCAACACGGUGCAGCUGCCCAUCGCCGGUCAGGCACAUUGGCAGCUCGGUCGCGUGGAACCCCAGGGAGCUUGGUGGAAGGAGCUCGCGGCGAGGACGAUCGAGCACUCGUCGAUCAGGGGCGAGGACGAGAUGCGGACGCUGGCCAUCAUGGUCUCGGGCGCGAAGAACUCGCUGAGAAGGCGAGCAGGCUUCAGCCCCGCGCAGUGGGUGCUGGGACGCGACCCCAAGAUGCCCGGAGACCUAGUGGACGAUACGGCCAACUACAGCGCCCACAGCCUCGCGAUGUGCUACGUCUUCCGCCAGGUCAAGAAGAAGGAGCAGCGGGAGCAGCACAACCGCAACGCCAAGAAGGGCAUCUGGCGAGGGCCGUGCGUAGUCAUCGGCCACCAAGGCGAGAACACAUGGGUCUCGCUAGGAGGGCACACCAUGCUGGUGGCCCCGGAGCACAUCAAGGCACUCGCUCCGGACGGCGUCUGGUUCCCGAACGGCAGGGACGAGAUCGGUCAGGCCGUGGCCGAGCUCAACCGGGCUCGCGACUCGCUCGAACAGGAAGAGGCUCCGGUGGAGGACAUCCGCCCGGCGCCUGGCGAGCCCGAGGUCAAGCCAUACGAGAUGGAGCAGGCGUGGCGGAAAUUUAUCGACAACCCGGACGACAGCGACCUCAGGCUCAACGUCCCCGAGGAUCCGCCCCAGCAGGAGCAGAUCCAGGUGCUGCCCGCCGACGUGCCGCAGCAAGCUGAAGAAGAGCGAACCUACGGCCCUGACGAGUUCCGACGACGUCGAGCUACCUUCGACGGAGGGGACAGCGGCGACUUCGGCCCGGCCUUCAAGCGCCUCCAGACCGAGAGGGAGCACGCAGGCUCUGGCGCCCUGCCCGCAAGGGCAACUUCGCGCGACCGCGCGGCGGCGCCCGAUCAAGAGGCAGCAGCCGGACCCGAAGCAGAAGGGACCCGCCAACGUUCGAGGUCGGCUCCAAGACAAGUGCUGCAAACCUCCAUCGUGACCGAGAGGAUCAAGCGCAAGCAGGCCGACAAGGAGAUCCAUUGGAGGGCCAUCAAGGACUCCGAUCGGGAGCUCUUCAGGGAGGCGGCCGCCAAGCAGUGGAGCGAGUGGCAGAAGUAUGGCCCUUGUCAGGUACUCUCCAUCGAGGAGUCCGAGGCGAUCAGGGGCAUGAUCAAGCCCAGCCUCAUCCUGCCCAGCCGGUUCGUGUACCGGGACAUGAGCGCCCCGCUGCGGACCGACAAGCAUCCGCUGCUGGGCGACCUGCGGACGGACGCGCCCACGGUCACCCGCAACUCGCCCAUGCUGUUCUUCACCAUCUGCCAGAGGUUCGACCUGGAGAUCUACGCGGCGGACGUGGAGGCGGCUUUCAUGCAAGGCGACGAGCAGCCCGACCAGCAGCUGCACAUGGCCCAGCCUCGCGAAGGUCUGCCUGGGCUCAACCCGAAGCAGCUGAUCAAAAUCCUCAUGGGAGUUUUCGGGCUGGCGACGGCACCGAGACAGUGGUGGGCGAAGCUCAAGAGGACCUUGCUCGCGGUGGAGGAGAAGCUGAGCGACAACUACGUGUUUCGCCUGCACCAGCACUCGCUGGACCCAGCGCUGUACUACGGGUACGACCAGCACGGGGAGCUUUGUGCGGUGGUGGUCGCCCACGUGGGCGACUUGCUGCUGGGGAUCUCGCACAAGUACCCGAGCCUCUACGACAGGCUUCACAAGCUGUUGCCCUGGGGCGACUGGAGCGCGAACACCAUCGAGGAGAUUCCGCUCAGCAAGGAGCGCAAGACGGAACUGUCGUCAGAUGCUACGCCAGCUGAGUUCUCGGACAACCGCUCCGCACUCGGAGCGCUCGGGUGGCUUUCAUCGCAGACUCGUCCCGACCUGGCAGCUGGAGUGGCCAUGGGGCAGCGAACCCAGAACAAGCCCACCAUCCAGGACUUGCUCGAGACGAACAGGCUCAUCAAGCUGGCGCGGAAGCACGCGGACGUGGGUUUGGAGUUCCCUAAGUUACGUGGACCUCUGUGCCUGGUGACGUUCUACGACGCCAGUUGGGCCAACGCUGAUGAGCCAGCUGAAGGCGCCAUCUCCAAGUUGCUCGCGAAGACCGUGGGAGCAACCAGUAAGGACAAGAAGAUCAAGAUUCGCUCGCAGGCCGGCUACGUGACUUUUCUCGCA